AUGCUAACCUUCUCGAGCACGGAAAAUCAGUGGACGGACUUUGGCAUGUACGUGGCCUGGGUAGUUAUCCUGUCCGUCGUCUCUUGCUUUCUCACGUUGUUAACGAAGACGGUUGUUCCUUCGUCGGUCUCUCUAACGACGUUGGAUGAAAAUUUGGGUGCAGCUUCGUCGCGCAGUACGAAACGUACCGAUGCAGCUGCUGACACCCCAAGCUCCGAUACUAGCCCGCGGGCACCUUACUCGGCGAUUCCCACACGUCCUGAUAUGGUUUAUUAUUCUGCGGCGGGCAGCGGGGUUGCGGAAGUGAAAGUCAUCAACAGUGGUUUCGUCUUGCACGGAUAUCUGGGUUUCAAAACGCUGGUCAUUAAGACCAUUGCUUUGAUUUUCAGUGUGUCAUCUGGCCUAAGUUUAGGCAAGGAGGGUCCGUAUGUCCACAUCGCUACCUGCGUGGGAAACAUCUGCUGUCGUUUGUUCGCCAAAUACAAUCGCAAUGAUGGAAAAAGAAGAGAGGUGCUGAGCGCAAGCGCUGCGAGUGGUGUUGCAGUAGCUUUUGGUGCCCCCAUUGGUGGUGUUCUCUUUAGUCUUGAGGAAGUUAGCUACUAUUUCCCUCCAAAGACGCUCUUUAGAACAUUCUUCUGCUGUAUUGCUGCAGCGCUCUCCCUGAAAUUCCUCAAUCCUUAUGGGACGGGUAAGAUCGUCCUAUUCGAGGUUCGAUAUUUCAACGAUUGGGAGAUCUUUGAGUUAGUGAUAUUCAUUAUUUUGGGUGUACUUGGAGGCGCGCUUGGGGCACUUUUCAUCAAGGCAUCUAGUUUAUGGGCUCGCUCAUUCCGACGAAUCCCAGUUAUCAAGCGCUGGCCAAUGCUGGAGGUAGUUCUUGUCGCGCUUGUGACUGGUCUAGUCAGCUUCUGGAAUCGCUAUACUAAAUUGGCCGUAUCUGAACUUCUGUUCGAGCUGGCCAGUCCUUGCGAUCAUGAAUCCUCAUCGCCAAAUGGACUGUGUCCAAACGAAGAUGGCAUUGUCGACAUUAUCCGCUACCUUCUUGUAGCAUUCGUCGUCAAAAGCCUGUUAACGGUAGUUACAUUCGGCAUUAAAGUGCCAGCGGGUAUUUAUGUUCCGUCCAUGGUUGUUGGUGGUCUCUUGGGGCGGAUCGUUGGUCAUGUGGCACAGUACUUCGUGGUGAAAUACCCAACGUUCCCCUUGUUUGGGUCCUCCUGCCCGGCUGUGUCGGGAAUGGAAUCGUGUGUGACCCCAGGGGUGUAUGCGAUGAUUGCCGCAGGGGCUACCAUGUGUGGUGUCACCCGCUUGUCGGUUACAUUGGCCGUCAUUCUCUUUGAACUGACAGGCAGUCUUGCCCAUGUCCUUCCGUUUUCCCUGGCCAUCCUUUGUGCCAAAUGGACUGCUGAUGCGAUUGAGCCCCGCAGCAUCUAUGAUCUCUUAACUGAUAUGAACUCGUACCCGUUCCUUGAUAACAAGAUACAGGUUGUAUCAGACGCAGAGCUCGGAGACCUCGUGAGACCUGUACGCAGGGGUCGUAUCAUUGAUAUCUCAGACUCUCCGUUCGUACCAGCGACAGAGUUGCGCUCCAAACUUCAAACUCUUCUCAUGGCAGGAGAGUUAGAUAGUGGCCUCCCCAUCUUACGUCACGAUAUCUUGUCUGGGUUGAUCCCGGCCCCGGACCUCGAAUAUGCGCUGGACAAUCUCGAGGACGAAGAAAAUACGUUAUGUCUGAUGACGCUAGAUACGAUGUCGGUUGUGUCCGACAGUGAUGAUGAAGAGGCCAUUCGAGUGGACUUUAACCGCUAUAUUGAUCCGGCCCCUAUGUCUCUUGAUAUCCAUUCACCUCUGGACCUUGUUUACCAGUGUUUCGCUAAACUAGGCCUACGAUACCUGUGCGUCCUUCAAAACGGACAGUACGCGGGUCUGGUCCAUAAGAAGGCCUUCGUGAAGUUCAUGAAGGAGAAUGAGUGA